GACGCGCUUUGAACAGCGUAUCGCACUAAGCACAGCUAGUGUGUGAACAGCCCCAGCCCGACUUCCCGGCGGUUAUGUUCUCAGGAAUGGCGCCUGGCCAUUCUUGUUGCACUUCAAAGUGAGCAGCGUAUACCGUGAACUGGACAUGGCUGUUCAAGCGGUGGUGCGCCGCUGGGCAUCUUUGGAACAGUUGGUCAGAAUUGCUGGCCAUGAUUGUUUUUGACCCAGACCUCUCCCCGGCUGACGUAAAAUCUUUCCGGCUUGUUUGCAAAGCAUGUAAAGUCAUAGCAGCGACCCGUUUGUUUCGUCGAGUUCGACUUUCUCGCCUGAAUGUACAUAAGGAUGCGUUUAUUCAGAUCAGUUUGCAUUCGAGUCUGGCGACUUAUGUUAAAGAAUUAGUUUGGUAUGAGCUGGACCUAGAGGCAUGGAUGCCAAUUGCGGCCGAAUUUCAUGGCGAAUUUUCUGAUAACGCGGAAGCCCAGAGUGUCGGCAUUGAGUCCUUCACAGCGCUUAUGUUGGCGGCCUCAUAUGAUUCUGAGCUGUUCUGGAUCCCAUGUCAGUCGUCUACUAAGACCGCUGAUAGCCUUAACGUGGCACAGGCAAUGGCAUCUCUGGUAGAAACCUCUGCUGGCCUGCGGGGUCUCAAGGGUCAUGUUCUGAACGCAAGAGCGACUUUCCUCGCCACAUUGCGACGUCUGCCGAGUCUGGCCACCUUUCAUAAUUGCCGUAUGCCAGGCAACCAAGUAAUGGAGUACCUUGGAUACGAACUUUGCGCAGACUUGUUCUAUAACCAGCAAAAUAAUAGCCUCCAUUAUAGUAACCAAGGCUUCUUUUCAUUCCUACUACCAGCAUUAAAGCAGUUAGGGACACAGAUUCACAGUCUACAUUAUGCCGAUGAAUGGAUGUAUACUGGCCUCACGGGACUCACGGUCGGCGAUGUCAGAGCUUUUCAAUACAUUACUUCACUCGAUCUAUCCAUCUCUGGUACACCUCAUGAUGCCCCUGAUAAGAGCUCUAGCGGCCUCCUCAGCGCUUUAACAAACAUUACUGGGCUAGCCCAAUUGAGACUUCGCAUUGGUUACCUACACGCUUCUAUCCGCAAGUUGCUACAAAAAGCAAGAUGGCCUCGACUAUUUCUCUUUGAACUAGCUGAAACUGUGGGCUAUUCGCAUGAUUCACAGCUCCUGUCAUUUUUGAAAGUACACGCAGCAUCUCUUCGUCGACUAAGGCUCCUACACUGCAAAAUGACCAUGGGUCACAUCAUACAGAUGAGAAAGGCAGGUUGCUUCAAGCUUAAGUCAAUCGAAGUGGUCGAUAUGAAUGCAGAGCAAACGUUUACAAAGGAAAGAAUCUUGGCUUGUGUUAGCGGACGUUACGAUUAUGAUCUACUCAUCGCCCCGUGCCGCCCGCCGAAAACCACUGUAAUUGCGACCUCAGAUACUAUGCCUGAUUCCCAUGUAUGGUUAACUCCAUCUUUUUCGGAAUUUGAGAGCAGCGACUCUUACAAGCAAACGUUGGCAGACGAACAUUAACAUAGGGACGUGCACGAACCCUCCUAUUGGAAGCUCGGGCGGUUUGGAGUGAUGCACCUAUUUUGGCUAGGCCAACUUAUGAAAAGAAAGAAAGUCCUGACGGACAAAUCUUAACUCCAUACUACGUCUCGCAUGGUAUGGAGCGGCCGUGAUCCUGAAAGCGUUGCAAGGAAUACGCAUGACUGUAGAAGACUUUUGAUGCCCUAUGAGUAAGCAAGCAUCAAGGUCACACCUGCUAACUCUUUUGGUUUAGUAUAAACACGU